AUGAAAUCCAUAAUUAAAGUUAUCUACCCAUCACUUUUACAAAAGUACAACGAUCCUACAUAUUUGACAGAAAGAGCAAUAUUAACACCAAAAAAUGAAAUGGUCUAUGAACUAAUUGAGAUGAUUAUGAAUAUUAUACCGGGUGAAGGGAGAAUAUAUUUUAGCUCAGACAGUAUAUGCAAAGCAAAUGUAAAGACAAAUGAUGAAGAUCUUUUGUAUCCAGCUGAAUUUUUGCAUGGUUUGAAAUUUAAUGGCAUCCCUAAUCAUGAGAUGCGACUUAAGGAAGGUGCUCCUGUAAUGCUCCUUCAAAAUUUAAAUCAAAUAGAAGGCCUAUGCAAUGGCACAAGAUUGAUUAUCAGGCAUCUUGGUAAAUGGUCCAUUAGAGGCGACAUCAUUUCUGGAACAAAUAUUGGUGAAAAUGUCACAAUUCCAAGAAUUAUCAUGUCUCCCAAUGAAUCAAGAUGGCCAUUCAAGCUUAAUAGACGACAACUUCCCUUGGCACCAUGUUUUUCCAUGACAAUCAACAAAAGCCAAGGACAAUCUCUUAAACAUGUUGGCUUGUACCUCCCUAAGCAAGUAUUCACCCACGGUCAAUUAUAUGUUGCUGUGUCCCGAGUUACCACCAGAGAAGGAUUGAUCAUACUAAAUGCUAAUGAUGAGGUGGGAGACCCAACCUUAAUAAAAAAUAUUGUUUACAAAGAAGUAUUUCAAUAUACCCACUCAUAA